AUGGCACGCUUUAACACCUCGGAGUGGGGCCGUCUCAUUCAAUCGAUCUCAGUCAAGGACCAAGUCAACUUUCAUCGCGACGCGACGGGGUCCGAUCGCACCAUAAUUGGCACAGCCGUUCCAACCAUCACGCAGCAAUUCAAUAGCUUCGGCGACAUUGCUUGGUACGAGGCCGGCUUUUUGCUACCGUUCUGCGUUCUUCAGCUGUCAUUUGGUCGAAUUUACCAAUACUACUCCACCAAAUGGGCCAUGAUCAUCAAUAUCUUCAUCUUUGAGAUGGGCUCAAUUGUGUGUGCUACUGCCCCAAACUCCAACGCUUUGAUUGUAGGCAGAGUUAUCACUGGUAUCGGCGGCGCAGGUGUGACGCCUGGGGCGUUCUUGUUGAUUACGUUCCUCGUACCUGUGAAAGACCGUCCAAAAUACAUCGGCAGUCUUGGUUCAGUCUUCGGCAUCACCUCAAUUCUAGGACCAAUUCUGGGCGGGUAUCUUACCGCGGCAUCGUGGCGCUGGUGCUUCUACCUCAACCUUCCUGUCGGUGGUGUCUCGAUGGUUCUGAUCACUUGGCUUACUCCAAAGACCACGCCACCAGUCAAACGAUCCUCCACCUGGAAAGGAAAGUUCUUCGAGCUCGAUCCCUUUGGCUUCCUUCUCAUUGGAACUUCAAUUAUUUGCCUGUUGUUGGCAAUCCAAUUCGGUGGCAAAGAGUACAGUUGGAGUAGUGGAGUCGUGAUUUCCUUGUUCGUCAUUUCAGGUGUUUUCGGGGCAGUCUUCGUGGGCUUCUCGAUAUGGCGUGGCGAGAAAGGAACGUUACCUCCGAGUAUUAUGAGCCAGCGCAGCGUUUUGUUCGGUGCAAUUGCCAGCAUUGGAAUUGGCUCCGUCUUGGUGCUGUUCGCAUUUUACUUGCCAAUCUGGUUCCAAGUCAUUCAGGACAAGUCACCAGAGAGCUCUGGCUUAUCUUUGAUUCCACUGUUACUCAGCGUGGUUAUUGCCGUAAUUUCCAGUGGUAUCUUCGCAAGCGUGGUUGGAUAUUAUGUGCCGGCAUUGAUCCUUGGAGCCUGCUUUUCAAUGUUGGGCGCUGGCUUGAUAACGACUUGGUCUGCCACAGUCGACCAGGGCCAGUGGAUCGGUUUCCAGGGCCCUAAUAUCGCAGCACAAACCGUGCUCUCGAAGCAAGAAGUUUCCGUCGGCCUGUCAAUCAUCAGCCUUGCCAAUUUCCUCGGAUCGACCAUCUUCGUGACUGUGGCGCAAGCACUGCUGCAGAACCGACUGGUCGCGGAACUGGGGCCACUCUUACCGGGCGUUGAUCUCAGAAAAAUCGCAAACAGCGGUGCUGCCUUUCUCAGAGGUGCAACAGCACCUGAAAUGCUACCGGCAGUUCUCGGCGCGUACAACAACGCGUUGCGAGGCGUCUGGUAUCUUGCACUCGGUCUUUCUGGUCUGGUCCUAUUAGCAAGCUUUGGGAUAGAAUGGAAAAACGUCAAGGGCGAUAAGGCGAACAAUGUCGAUACGAGUAUAGAAGAGGCUGAGAUAGAAUCAUCAGAUCGUCUAUAG